AGCAUCUACAACAUCCCUUCUCAAGCCCUCAAGCUUCCAAACAAUCCUACCAAACAUUCAACUUUUGAUAAAAUCAACCACGUUCCUCAGCAUCUAAAAUGAAGACAGCCACUGCUCUCUCCGCUCUCACUAUGGCCGUCGCUGCCAUUGCUGCUCCCUCUGAUAUUGAGGCUCGUGGUGGCAGCAGCUCGUGCAACACCAGAACCCACAAGCAGCUCUGCUGUAAUGGUCUUCUCGCUUGUGCUGUCCAGGUCAUCGGCAGCAACUGCAACAACGAUGCCUACUGCUGCAAGACCAAUGCCCCCGUUGGCGCUCUCAUCAACGUCGCUCUCCUCAACUGUGUCGAUAUUCUCUAAAUGUCACGCCUCAGCGACUUAGUCUAUGGAGAAUUAGUUGGAUCACUAGGGCCCUGUCAAUGUCGCUCUCCUUAACUUUGUCGCGCUCAACCUUUAAAUGCGGAGUAAUGAAUUCGCGAUCUGGUGCUUAUGGGCCUAGAAGGGCUCACAAGCAAUUACGGAAUUGGGAAAUUGAUUCAGAGGAUACUUGAGUUUCACGUUCUUGACUGAGCCUUCCGGGUACUUGAAGGUAGUCACUCCUUUCUAUGGUUUUCUAACUAGGCGAUGGGUCAGGGGUUUUAUUUUGGAAAUAGCUCCCUGAUUCUCCUGUCAAGCAAGCGUAGGCGAGUAAACCUAGUCAGUCGAGUAUGAAAUUCUAAAAAACUUGGAUAA